AUGGCUCAGAUUCAGAAGAUGGUGGUGGUGGUGGUCAUGAUGAUGACGAUGAUACCGUGGGUUGUGGCCGACACUAAUUGUACGUCCAGCUCCAAGCCUGAGACUGGUGAGCAAGGUUCUUGGGCCCAGUUCAAAGAGAUUGGCAGCGGGAUUGGCCCUUGGAUCACUUUUUGUACCUUGCUUCUCAACAUUUUUCUCAGCGUCUGGGAUCGUUUCUUUCCCAAGAAAGGCACACAAGGCGACAAAGGCGCUCCCGGUGACAAAGGCGCUCCCGGUGACAAAGGCGCUCCCGGUGACAAAGGCGCUCCCGGUGACAAAGGCGCUCCCGGUGACAAAGGUUCUCCCGGUGACAAAGGUGCUCCCGGUGACAAAGGUGCUCCCGGUGACAAAGGUGACAAAGGUGCUCCCGGUGACAAAGGUGACAAAGGUGAUCCUGGCGAACGUGGACCACCAGGUCCGGUUGGAGAACCAGGUACAUGCCAAUGCCCAUGCCAACGCCGAUCCUCCAGUGCCAUGGUCGAUGCUUCGACGCAAACCUCUCCCCGCGCGGACCACCCGUCUCGGAGUUCAUCUACUCGCUCCUCCCGUACUACUACUGGGACAAAACCAGCGGGGAAGAAGCAGAAGGCUUGGGUGAUGCCUUCGGGAAAACCAGUUGGGAAUCACAAAUAG